AGCCAAAGGUCAUACUUCUAUUUCGAUUUAAUUCAUAUAUUAACAGAAUUCUCCUUAUAAGAAGUUUAACAACAUAGUAUGUACCAUAAUUUUAUUUACUUUAACGAAUACAUAUUACGUUAACGUAAUAGACGUCUUCUUCCGGGAAUAUUUUAAGACUAUACUACAGCCAGAAACUUUCCAACAGCCAUUACAUCACGUGUAUAAAAUUCCUAAAGUGCACGUGCACCCGUACACUCCCUAGACGACCCCUUGAAGAGAACCAAACUACCGUCGUAUAACAUCCAACAUAUACGUAUUUACACGAAGCCAAGGAGAAAAUUUUGCAACGGAAAGUGCUCUUGUAAUAUGUGAAAUGCUCCCGGUACGAAUCCACUUUACACAUCCAUGUCGCUUGAAAUGUUCGUGACACCCUGUCGGUUGCGCUGGUGGCGAACGGCGGAGCUUGCGCCCUGGCGAAUCUUUACGUUCCCUUGGUAGCCUCUAGACGGCAGUGGUGUGUCGGGUUAACAUUGUACCCCUGGCCCCUCCGAGGCCACCCCCAGCCACCGAUUGAACCGGUGAACCGGAGUCGAAGCAACCCCCAGCUAAGCCCUCGAGAGGCAGUCGUGAGCUUGGUGCCGAGCUGGGGCGAUGCUCGUCGCUCGCGUGUGCUUCGCGAUUGCACCGAGUGCUCGCCAUUCCGUAUCGUUACGCGCGUCGUUCGUCCCGUAUCGACAUCGUCGCGGUCGAUCGUCAUCGUCGCCGCCCUCGACCUCAUCUUCGUAUCCAUCCUACUCGUCGUCGUUGUCACGGUUCACGUCGUUGUUCCCGAGGCUGCUGCCGCAACGAGGUCCGACGGUGCAACGACCGUGCGACCAUCGGACAGCCGCACGUGAGCACGGCCCUGGAUUCAACGCGAGAUGAGAAGAAACGUCUGACAAAACGGAUCGCAAAGGCAUGGCCAGCAGUACGGAGGAUUACGGGUCGGAAUUACAGGAGCUGCAGUGGGGUGGUGGUAGCGGGUCGCACUUCCUGCGCAGCGGCACUCACUUCCUGAGAAGCGGCACCGGUGGUUGCUACGAAGCUGAGGAUUUAGAGUCCACCAGCAGGCAUCAUGGUGGUCAACACAGGGGAUAUUAUAGCCCCCCGGGUACGAGUUACACGAUCGUCGAGAGACCACCAAGUGCUCCUCAUCACCAUUCCUCGCACACCACACCGUAUAGGCACAGGGGACACGCCACUGGAGGCUCUGGUGCUAUUUCGCCGGAACAGGUGCUUAGACUUUUUGGAAAUGGUGUGUCCGAGCGUCGACAGGGCGAUAGGAGAACGCCGGCGUCUUCGCCGGCGAGUGUCGCCGCUGUUCGAAGCACGCCAUCGUCAACGUCCCAGCAGCAACAGCAAUCGCAGCAGUCGCAACAAUCGCAGCCGAAUCCCGCGAAUCCUCCGACAUCACCGAGCUCUCAGCCAUUGAGUUUACAGGAGCUCACCGUAAGGACAAUCACCAUGACGAGAGAUCCACCGGACUCUCACCAUGGCUUUGGGAUCUGCGUGAAGGGUGGCAAGGACGCAGGUGAGAUCCGAAGUACCUUCAGGCUACCUCCAUCGCCGUACUUCGCGCCUCAAGAUCGAGGGGUGGGUGUCUACAUUUCGAGGGUGGAGGAGGGUUCGGUGGCCGAACGUGCUGGACUCAGGCCAGGAGACACCAUCUUGGAGGUAAACGGCACACCCUUCCGGGCGGUGACCCACGAGGAGGCCCUCAAAAUGCUGAAAUCAUGCAGGACCUUGAGUAUGACAGUGCGGGGACCAGCGUUGGAUCCCCGAUGUAGAGGUGGGCAUCCGGUUUGGUCUUCUUCCGGUCGCCAGCAGUCCUGCAGCUGGAUCGACCGUCAAGGUCGUCCAACAUCACCACCUCCACUUUAUCCACCUCGAGACUCGAGGUACGGUCCAAGGACGAGGAAGGUCGAGCUCUGCAUCGAACCCGGUCAGUCCCUUGGUUUGAUGAUCAGGGGUGGCCUUGAGUACGGCCUUGGGAUUUAUGUGACCGGGGUCGACAAGGACAGCGUAGCUGACCGAGCUGGACUCUUGGUAGGUGAUCAAAUUAUCGAAGUAAAUGGACAAAACUUCGAGGAAGCAACACACGACGAGGCAGUGGAAAUUCUGAAGACGAACAAAAGAAUGACUCUGUUGAUUCGCGAUGUCGGAAAAGUGCCACAUUCUUGCACCACGAGUCAACCCAUCGUUAUGCCAACCUCUAGGUAUCCCGAACACGACCCUCUGCUCUUAGAAAGUCCAGGAAAUCAUCGACCACCGAGUCCUACCAUUGCGAGUGAUUGGAGGCACAGAGGCGGUAUGCACACGGUUUCUGCCGCGACAGCAGCGAUGGUGGAAGAAAAGGCGAGGGUGGUCCUCGCGAGAAGCGAGAGGGCUGCACUUUCUCAGCUGCUGGCUGAUUAUAGGACGCGUCGAAUGACGAUCGAGGAGCUGGUUGUCAGUUUAGGUGACCUGCUGAACACCCAUGAGAAACUAACUCUUCUAACCGAGCUGAGGGAACUCGUCGACAGUAAAGACAGAGCUGCUUUCGACGAUUUGGUUUACAGGCCUCGGGUAGCCAUGGCAAGGAGAAAAGGUGACCGUGCCCACUCGGAUUUAAUAGUGACGCCAUCGCUACACGAUCUUCCGAGGGGUGUACCCAGUGGUUGUUGCCGUCCAGGACGACUGGUGGACGUCGAGGGAGAUCCUCUAGGAGUAACAGGACCUCUUCUGCCGCGGGAUAACCAGGAAUAUAGAUCGCCCAGCGAGGACAGCGGUCUCGGGGCCGACAUGCCCAGGACCAGAGUGGGCUGUAGAAGGACGCAGCAGCACCAAGUGACGACCUCCGAUCUCGCCCUCUCCAACGACGACGAGUGCGACAACCAGGUACAGAAAAUUGUUCGAGAAAAAGCAAUAUCGUCGGUGCUCGGCCCUCUUAGACGAAGCGUUUAUCCAUUCCAGAGAAUGUUCCCGAUCGCUGUCGAUGAACGCGAUAAAAGGGAUGUUUGUCGGUUUCUUUUGCAGGACUACGAGGACGAGCUGGAGAACGGACGUGGACGAAGGCACAGCUCGCCUGGUGGAUCACGAGGCAACCCUAGGGAUUACGGCCAUCAUCAUCUUCAUCCGGAUAAUUUGGAGAGCGACGGUGGUUGCGAUGGUAGCGACGCCGAGAUGAUCGGUAAUGGGAGACGCGGAGGCGGAACGGAAAGGGAUCGCGAUAUGGAGGAGGAUGAGGACGAAGGAAGGGAGGAAAGGAGCUCAGAGGGUGGAGGUGGUGGAGGUUUCGGUGGUUGGAGGUCCCACUUGCUCGGUGGGCUGACGCAACGUGUCAAAUCCUGGUACUGGGGCGCCAGGCCCCUCGAACUCGCGCACAAGCUCUCACGGAGCUUCGACAUGCAAGAAGCUCAGCUCCUCGAAGAGGGUGGUUCUGGUGCAGCUACUGCCGGGGCUGGAGGUGCCGGUGGUCCACCACGAAGGCAUCACAGUGCCCAAAGGUUGACUAGAAGCGAAAUGUCGGAGAGAAGAGAAGAAGAUGGCGCCCUUGUGGUUCCUGAUCAUCAGGGUAACCUGAGGAUCACUGUUAAGAAAACCAAGUCGAUUUUAGGUAUUGCCAUCGAGGGCGGUGCCAAUACCAAACAUCCGCUGCCCAGAAUCAUCAAUAUACAUGAUAAUGGAGCAGCGUACGAGGCCGGUGGUCUCGAGGUCGGUCAGCUAAUCCUAGAAGUUGACGGUCACAAGGUCGAAGGUCUCCAUCAUCAGGAGGUAGCAAGGCUGAUCGCAGAGUCGUUCGCGAGACGAGACCGCAACGAGAUCGAGUUCCUGGUAGUCGAGGCAAAGAAGAGCAAUCUGGAGCCGAAACCGACGGCUCUGAUAUUCCUGGAGGCGUAGCAGGAAUCUCCCACCUCCGAGCCGGAACCACCGUAGCCCAACGUGACCAGAGCUCGGCCCGCGACAUACUUGGAGCGUCGUAGACGCUGAACCGUCUGUUGAAGCUGAAGAGACCGAUGGAAAUCGAUCAUGAAGCUCGUCGAUCGACAAACGUAACGAAGACAAAUCGACGAAGAGAGAAAAGAAGACGAGCUUGCCUCUUCAUCUUCAUCGAACGCUCUCGAUUCGACGGUCGAGCUCUCAGUCAGGUGCUAACUGAACCUGGCCCUGGUGGUGGGAAUUUUUCAAGAAGAAAAUACAAAGAGUAAAAGAAAGGAAAGAUAAAGAAGCGCCACAGAUAGAGGAGGGGUUAGGCGGCGAGUGAAACUCGAUUAGCGAGUCAAUGGGAUGAUAAUUACACGAUCGUCGACACUAUCGUGGCUGCCCUCGUUGCUGACGAGCCAGGCUAUCGGAAGCUUCUAAUCCUUCGGCUUUCCAACUUUUUCGAUUCAAGAAGCCGUUUGAUAAGAACAAAUAUUGUCAAAGUUUGCGACGAGGAGUAAACGUACGGACGAUCCGGUGAUAAAACACAGGAGUACAAAAGAGAUAUGGUUUGAAGAGACUAUUUAAGAGAGACACUUUGAGUGUGAGGAUGAUGUUAAAUGAGAGAAGGAAGGUUGACUGUGCCAAACUAUUAGGGAUUGUUUCGUGUAUACUAAUUAUGAUACUCUUAAUCGUAACGAGAUUCAAUCAGAGACUCUGCCAACACAAGAGAUUCACGAAUAUGUGAGUAGCAAAAUCGAGCGAUCCUGAGUGACGAACUUGUGCUUAACGGACACGAUCACGAAAGCUGUUCACGUGCAUGGAUCGAACGUAUCAAGAGUACGAGGCAGUGAGAUUAUGCGAGACAUGUGAUGAUUCAGUAAAAUGCGUUUUCCAGGAUCCUGGCCGAUGUCAUCGAUCAGGAUUUUCGUUGAUGCAGUUCCUCAAGGGCUUAUUUAGUGGUACCGUGAUGACAAUCCGUUUAACUGUCUUUUAAACGUCUGAGAAAGAUACUUUUUCCAGCUACCACGCAAUUGUUUCAAGUUUCAAAUGUCUAAUUUCAAAGUUGAAAUUUUUUAUUUCAUAUUUUGAAUAAUUAUGAAAAUGAUUGUCAUAUAUUUCCAAAUCUAUCGAAUCACAGCCUGUUAAAAACCUUCGACUACGGAUCCACAAAACUCUAUUUUUGCAUAAAAUCUAGAUAAUCGUAUAAGCAAGUAAUUCGUACUUAAGAGAACCCAACAGGCGGCGAGGAAAAGGUGACGAGGAACAAAAUCGACGAAAGUCCUAACCGAGUGGAGCCUGAGAUUAACAUAGACUUAUUAUGGGAAUUGUUGAGGCUUAACAAGAUAUGUUAUAUAUACAUAUAUAUUAUAUGAUAAUAUUAUUAUUGACUAUCGUAGUGGAAUUGCAAACUUGUACCUACCCGAUCACACCUCAAGCGCGCACGGACUUCCGGUUGCUGGUGCGCGCUGAGGCGGCACCGAGGAGCGCGCAGAAGGGAAAACUGAGAAGAUUCUAUAAGAAUAUGCGAAAUAUUUUCAACAAGUUUAAAUAAAUAUAGAUACCGCGUACUUAGCAAUGGGCCUGAUCGUUCGAAUUUUUCGAGAGAUCGCGGACGAUCGUGCAUAGAAAAAAAAAAACAAAUUUCUUAAAAAAUCUGAAAAUUUUCGUGAUCGAAGACGAAUGAAGAAGAGGAGAAAGGAAGACAAAUUCUGCACUUUCUGGAAAAUUUGGAGAAAGCGUGAAACGAAACGAACAACACGCUAUCACGAGAUCAUAAACGUUUGUUUGCAUAGUGGAUCACGUGGAAAUUAUUUUAGAAUCACGUUCGCGUGAGCGACGAUUCCUUCAAUUCGUACGCGCGCCACGCUUGGAAAACUCGAGGCUGUAUUUUUCAUACAGAGAUUUCAUGCUUUUUCACCUCACCUUGUUCACGUGGAUCACGUGGUUUAGGCAUUUUUUACGAUGAAUCAUAGACACGAUGACGAGAAGAAUUUUCUAAAUGAUACAUUUGUAUCGCCUUAUUGUAAUUGAUGUCUCGAACUUUUCGAUCGUUGUGCACGAUCACGUUGAUUUUCGUCGCUGUGUAAUUUGGAAAAAGAGAGAAGCAACUUGUUGUAUGUACGCGAGUUAGAACAGCGGUUCCUAUUAAUUUCGUUGAAAGAUCUUUGAAUCUUUCUUGGGAAAAAUCUUUUUUAGGUAAAUAACACGUUCGUACAAUUUAGAGAGUUUUGUUUAAUUCAUUUUAUUAAGUAAGGAGAAAGUAGAAUUCGUACGUGUUUCAGUUCUUCCGGAUCGUUUUACAAAGCACAAGGAAUUAAAUUUCAAAUUAAGUAGAAAGUUCGAUUUUCUUUCGUGAGUUGAAAGAAUAUUUGCUUUGUGGAACUGCUUCGUUAGUGUCGACAAACCGUUUUUCGCUAACUAUUUAUAACGUAAUUGUUACCGCAAUAAUUACAUUUAAACGAGUAGUAGUUACUAAUUAUCAAUUCGUGAGUAUAAACGUAGCGACUGUUGUUGUAAAAGUAAAUGGUUAUCGAUACGUCUUGUUUAAUAUCUCUACCUGUUACCAAGUUAAACGUAAUUUUACGAGUAGUAGUGUGUAUACGUUGAAUGUCGACGAGUCCACAAGUCGUUCUAUCGAAUGCCGAUGAUCGUCCGCGAUCUUGCUCGCUUUAACAAAAAUGAUAAAAAAAGAUAAAAAGAUGCAAAAAAAAAAAUAAAACGUGAAAAAAAUACCGCGCAAGCUUAAGUAGUAAAUUAUCGCGUAUAUGUAACGAAACAGCCGAAUCGGGACGCAGGCCAAUGAGAGAAAGCGAGAAACGAUUCGACGAAAGCCACUGACGGUUCAAAGAUUCGCGUUUAAUCAAAUUCCAAUGGAGUUUUUCGAUAAUGUCGUGUCACGAAUAUAAACGUAUUGUCGGAGUUUAUGUCAUAGAAUUACUGUUUUAUAAUAACAUCUAGUCAAAUAAGGUAAUAUAUCGUUUAAAUGAUAAUUCUUGAAAUAUUUCAUUCAAAUAAUACGUAAGCCCUUUCAUCUAAUUUAAUUCUUUGCAUUACUCAAUCUAGAAGGCUACUUUUCGAUAAAAAUUCUCAAUAAAGUAUUUAGAUAAUAUUACUUUUAUCUGAAACGAUCAAGCUAUACUAUUACGGUAUAAACACUUUUGCAUUUGCAUUAAUUUUUAAACAUUAAAAAGGGAGAGAACGAAUGGAAUUUUUUGAUCGUCAGUGCGCUAACCAAGAAAGCAGGUUUCAAAACAGUAAUGUACCUGGACGCGUGUACGACGUAUUCCGGUAAAUGUGCCAAAGAGAAGAAAAAGCUAUACGGAGAGGAAGAAAGAAAAGGAAGAGAAAAGGAGGAGCGCGGAAAGCGGGAAAGUUGUGCAUACAAUUACAAGUGCAAAAUGCAAAACAAGACGGAAACUAUUACGAGUGGACGAUCGAGAGAAGAAAAGAAACCGCAAAGAAAAAACAAAGAGGAUGGUUUUUCGUAGCUGGUGUGCACUCGAGUUGUUUUCUUCGUUGUUGCUUUGUAACGCAAGGAUGCAAUUGCACCGCUUGUCGCGAACAAGCCACGGGAUUAAGAAACACAGAGAAAUAGAAACGAAAAAGAGAAUAAAAUGGGAAAUAAAAGGACAAAGAUGGAAACGAUAGAUAAAACGCGGCUAGUUGCUAUUCGGCUAAGCAAACAGACAAAACUAAAAAAUACCUCGUGUGUUAGUGUUUCUUCCUGUUUUCGAAGCGAAUUUUUCUAACGAAGCAUCCAAAAUAAAUUCGACGUCCCGAAUAAA